AGGAAACUGUCCUCCAGCAGUAGAACCUCCCUGUAGCCUAAAGGCUCUCAUGUGCUCUUGUAAGGUAGCGCACUUGAACGCUCUUCACGGCUGGUAGGCUACAGGUGCGCGCUUAUGUCUUUUCUCAUUGGCUCUUCAGGGUAGCCGCUUUCACUGCGCGCUCAUGGCGUUCCUUUAGCGCUCGACGCGCUCCACAGCUGCGACUGACGUAUUUGGACAAGAAAUGAAUGCCGUGUGAAACUUCAUCUCCCGAAUGCGAUGCUUGCUUGCGCCGUGGGUGUUUCCCCGCUCAUUCCUCCGAUAUAAGUGAUCAGAAAGCUCACCGGUGUAUCCCUGAGGUGUAUUUUGCGGCAUUCUCACGGGAUAUCAGACAGAAGCGGUUUGUUUUAAUUUCAUGACCGAAAACGGAGUAUUCGCUAAGUUGGUGACGGCUGUGGAUCAUUUACUCUGGGGAGACAUGGGUACUUUACGCGAUCUCCAGUACGCGUUACAGGAGAAGAUUGAGGAACUGAGACAGAGAGACGCGCUUAUUGAUGAACUGGAGUUAGAGCUUGACCAAAAAGAUGAACUGAUUCAGAAGCUCCAGAAUGAGUUGGACAAAUACCGAUCAGUUAUCAGACCGGCCACUCAACAAGUCCACAAGCAGAGCGUCCUUCAAGAACAUCAGAGGACCAAGAGACAAGCGAUCUCAGCCGAACCAACAGCCUUUGACAUUCACGAUCUCAAUCAUGUCACGCUUCCUUUCUACCCAAAGAGCCCACAGUCUAAAGAACUCAUCAAGGAAGCUAUUCUUGACAAUGACUUCAUGAAAAACCUGGAGCUGUCUCAGAUUCAGGAGAUUGUGGACUGCAUGUACCCUGUGGAGUAUGAUAAAGAAAGCUGCAUAAUCAAAGAAGGCGAUGUGGGCUCUCUUGUCUAUGUCAUGGAAGAUGGCAAGGUGGAGGUGACCAAGGAGGGCAUGAAACUCUGCACAAUGGGGCCGUGGAAAGUGUUCGGAGAGCUUGCCAUUCUCUACAACUGCACCAGGACUGCAACGGUUCAGACCCUCACAAAUGUGAAGUUAUGGGCCAUCGACCGCCAGUGUUUCCAAACCAUCAUGAUGAGAACUGGACUCAUCAAGCAGGCAGAGUACAUGGAGUUCCUUAAAAGUGUUCCAACAUUCCAAGGCCUUCCAGAAGAAAUACUCAGCAAGCUAGCUGACGUGCUGGAAGAGACGCACUACGGUGAUGGAGAGUACAUUAUCAGACAAGGUGCCAGAGGGGACACGUUCUUCAUUAUUAGCAAAGGAAAGGUGAACGUUACUCGGGAGGAUCCACCCAAUGGGACUCCGGUCUAUCUGCGAGCGUUGGGUAAAGGAGAUUGGUUUGGAGAAAAAGCCCUUCAAGGAGAAGACAUUAGGACAGCUAAUGUCAUUGCCGCUGAGGCCGUCACCUGCCUCGUCAUCGACAGAGAGUCCUUCAAGCACUUGAUUGGAGGUCUGGAAGACGUUUCAAACAAAGGCUAUGACGAUGCUGGCGCCAAAGCAAAAUACGAGGCAGAGAAUGCAUUCUUCUCCAACCUGAAGCUGGUGGACUUCAACAUCAUCGACACCUUGGGAGUUGGAGGAUUCGGACGAGUUGAGCUGGUGCAGCUCAAGAGUGAAGAGACCAAAACGUUUGCAAUGAAGAUUCUGAAGAAGCGACACAUCGUUGACACAAGACAACAGGAGCACAUCCGCUCUGAGAAACAGAUAAUGCAGGAGGCUCAUUCAGACUUCAUUGUGAGAUUGUACAGGACAUUCAAAGACAGCAAGUAUCUGUACAUGUUGAUGGAGGCCUGUCUAGGAGGAGAACUGUGGACCAUUCUUCGGGACAGAGGAUCAUUUGAAGACUCCACUACACGGUUUUACACAGCGUGUGUGGUUGAAGCCUUUGCUUACCUGCAUUCCAAAGGAAUCAUCUACCGUGAUUUAAAACCAGAAAACCUCAUUCUGGAUCAUAGAGGAUAUGCCAAGCUUGUGGACUUUGGCUUUGCUAAAAAGAUUGGGUUUGGGAAGAAAACAUGGACUUUCUGUGGAACACCAGAGUAUGUAGCCCCAGAGAUCAUACUAAAUAAAGGCCAUGACAUUUCAGCAGAUUACUGGUCAUUGGGAAUCCUGAUGUAUGAACUCUUGACUGGAAGCCCACCAUUCUCAGGACCAGAUCCAAUGAAGACUUAUAAUAUAAUUUUAAGAGGAAUUGACAUGAUAGAAUUUCCAAAGAAGAUCACAAAAAAUGCAGGCAAUCUAAUUAAAAAACUAUGCAGGGAUAAUCCGUCUGAGAGACUAGGAAACUUGAAAAAUGGAGUCAAAGAUAUUCAAAAGCACAAAUGGUUUGAAGGCUUUAACUGGGAGGGUCUGCGCAAAGGAACUCUCACCCCUCCAAUUAUUCCUGAUGUGGCCUCUCCCACUGACACCAGUAACUUUGAUAGCUUUCCUGAAGACAAUGAGGACCCUCCCCCAGAUGACAACUCUGGCUGGGACACUGAUUUCUAAAACUGAGCCUCAUAACCUGCCCUGGAGUGUCCCGUGCCGUACAUCACGCUCAAGGAGCACAGAAGAUAAGAGAAGAUGUUUAGUCCAGCUGUGUGACACCGAGAUGCCUUCACCCAUGCUUCUCCUGUCCUGCGGUGCCACUGGGGGCAUCCCAGAACCCUGCAGUGCCCCAUGACUCCCGUAACUAUCCGAAUCAUAAUGACUGGAGUCCAUAUUCUAAACACUGCCUCAGAAAUGGACUUGCACUGAUGUUUCAUAAACUAGCCGUUCAUAUUUUUUGCUGUGCUGUUUUACUGAUUGCACAAACAGCAUUUUCAAAUACAUUGGUAUUGAUAAUGUUGAACGGUUCUUAAAUUGCGCUGGCUUUUAUUUUGAUAGAAUGACAUAGUUGCGUGUAUAUAUGGCUAAUACAUUUGGAACGGAAACACACCCAUGUCAAACACUUAAAAGGUACCGUAGUUGAUGUAGAUGGGAUUUAUUUUAGGUAUGAUGAAAAUGUUAAUUUCCAUUUGGUCAUUUAUUUUAAAUGCAUACUCCUCUUAAAUGUUAAUUCAGAUUCUUCUUCUGAAGGCUUCUGGAAGCUUAUGAAUGAUCCUUUUUUUUUUUUUUUUAGAAUAUAUUCCUGGUUCGAUACAAGUUAAGCUCAGUCAACAGCGUUGGUGGCAUAAUGUUGAUUACCACAAAAAAAUAGUUUCGACUCUUCUUUCAAAAAAGCAAAAUUCGAUGUUACUUUGUGGCACUUACAAUGGAAGUGAAUGAGGACAAUUUAGCGGGUUUAAAGGCAGAAAUGUGAAACUUAUAAUUUUACAAAAGCACUUACUAUACAUUAAUUCUUCUGUUAUUAUAUGAGCUGUAAAGUUAAGUCGUCGUUAUUACAGGUUUUAGGGUUUAUGAUGUUACGCGUCGAGGCAACGAAGUUAAAAUUGGACAUCUUUACUCAGAAAAGGUUUGUAAACGAUUUUAUCACACUAAUGUUAGCACACAUACUGUUUACGUCGAUUGUAAGUGCCUCACUGUAACACUGAAUUUCAUUUCUUUUUUAUGAAAGGAGGGACAAGUCAAAAUCUUCUUUUCCUUUUUUUUUUUUUUUUUUUUUUUUUU